UCGUCUGCUUUUUACACGUGUUUCGACUUGUACUGUUCAUACGUGUUCAGUCUCUUUGUAUUAAGUUUUUCUGAAUAAACUAGAUAUUUCUAAUGAAAUGACGAAUACAGUUGACAAUCGUAGUUUCUUAGAUGCAAGUCGCAUAUUCACUGGACAUCGUGCAUUAGGCCUUGUUAGCAAUCACAUUCCUUUGGUUACAAGAUAUAUUCCUCAAAGGAAAGAGACGCUCAUUGUAACUGUCAUCGGAAACUCUUACCACACAUAUGGGUCAAACAAAUUAAACCUGCUGGGUGUUGGAAUAGCACAUGAAGAUGACAUCACAUGUCUUGCAGGUGACAACUAUCGUGUAUACACAGCCAGUGGUCAUACUAUCAAAGUCUGGAAAAGAAGCACUGAACUUUGCAAUGAGUUUAAGGGGCAUGAAAAAACCAUUCAUCUCAUGUUGCCAUUUGGUCUUCAUCUACUUGCAGUUGAUGAAGCAAAUUAUCUUAAAGUUUGGGACAUAAAUGCAGCAGAAGUCAACUUUGAGCUCAGUUUCAAUCCUGAAACCUUUUGCAUUUCAGCAUUGAUUCAUCCUGUCACAUACAUUAAUAAAAUUUUAUUUGGAAGUACACAAGGUACAAUGCAAUUAUGGAACCUGAAAACUGGUAAAAUGGUUUUUGCAUUCAAUGGAUGGAAAAGCCCAAUCACUAUCUUAGAACAAGCCCCGGCUGUGGAUGUUGUGGCUGUUGGACUUGCGUCAGGAGAGUUGAUAUUGCACAACUUGAAAUUUGAUGAAAAUUUGAUGAAGUUUAAACAAGAAUGGGGGCCAAUUACUGCUCUGACCUUCAGAACUGAUGGUGCCCCUAUUAUGAUCACUGGUAGUAGCCAGGGUCAUCUUGCUAUUUGGGACCUUGAACAGCAAACCCUCGUUCAACAACAUCGAUACGCUCAUCGUGGAGGUGUCACGGGAUUGAAAGCUUUAACCGCAGAGCCCAUUAUAAUUACGUCAUCCCGUGAUAAUUCGUUAAAAAUGUGGAUUUUUGACCAGUCAGACGGUGGUGUGCGAUUACUUCGUGAGCGUGGCGGACAUAAGGCUCCACCCAUCCGGUUGAGAUUUCACGACCAGCUGGGCGAAUGGAUUCUUUCGACUGGAUUAGAUUCCUCCCUGCGAGCAUUCUCAACCGUUGCAGAUCUUCUACAUCGAAACUUGGGUACUGCGCACUAUAACCAAAAGAAAGCUAGGCGAGUAGGUCUAGAAAAGGCUGGCCCUAAAAUGCCACCCAUUAUUACCUUCGCCUCAGAGUCGGUUAGAGAUAAAGAAUGGGAUUCUAUAGCAGCUGUACAUCGACGCCAUUCUAACGUUACGACAUGGUCGUUCCACAGAUCAACAAUGGGCGAACACAGACUAACGCACCAGCGCUUUGUAGAUAAUAUGGCCUUAACUAAAUCAUCUGCAACUUGUGUUACUGUUACGGCGUGUGGAAAUUUUGCGAUUGUCGGAUAUGAUUCCGGUCACAUCGAUCGUUACAAUAUGCAAUCAGGAAUUCAUCGUGCGACAUACCUCCGUCCAGAUACUGAAAAAUCAUCAGAAUUGCCAUUUACCCGUAAUGCCGUUCGAGGGGUGGCAUCAGAUGGUCUUAAUCAGGUAGUUUUGGGAGUUUUUGCUAAUGGUCAGUUAAACACGUGGAACUUCAAGUCUGGAGAAAUUGUGAGAGAAACAAACCUCGAGGUGGCUCCUAGCUUUACUGAAAUUAAUAGACACAGUGGGCUUCUGGCUAUCGCAAUGGAAGAUUUUUCAAUUGCCAUCGUGGAAGUAGAGACGGGCAAAAUUGUUCGCCGGCUUCUUGGACAUGAUGGGCGGUUAACUGACUUGGCGUUCAGUCCGGAUGCUCGUUGGGUGGUAUCGUCCGCCCAGGACUGUAGUAUUCGAACCUGGGAUCUGCCUACUGGAACGUGUAUCGAUUAUUUUCUUGUUCCGAAGUCCUGUGUUUCCAUUACCUUUAGUGCCAAUGGUAGUUUUCUUGCUACAGCACACGUGGACGAUCUUGGCAUUUAUUUGUGGAAUAAUCAGUCACUAUAUACGCAAGUGUCUUUGCGGUCACUGGAAGCAGAUUUCCAACCUAAAGUGGCUCCAUUACCAGGAUCCACUGCAAGGAGUAGCUGUUCCGAAAUCGAAGUUAGUGAAACAAUGGAGGAAGACGAACAGUUUGCAUCUCCGGAACAAAUUUCCGACUCUCUUGUGACUCUUUCAUUACUUCCUGAUUCAAGAUGGAAGAAUCUUCUGAAUCUUGAUGCUGUCAAACGACGCAACAGGCCUAAAGAGCCACCAAAGGUGCAGAAACUUGCUCCUUUUUUCCUCACAAACACCAAUAGCCUUGAAGCGAUAGCAGACAGCCAGAAAGAAUCCGUUUCUCGCAUUUUGGAAUCGUCCAGCACCCCAUUCGCAAUACCCUUAACUCCGUGGGCCGGCAAACUUAACCUUGCAGGGAAGCCAGAAGAAUAUGCAGGUGUCAUAGAAGAGCUCAAAACAAUGGGACCCUCAGCCAUCGAUACCGAAAUUCGUUCCCUCAGUCCUCAUCUGGGAGGAUCAACCCAUCUGUUGUCCCAGUUCUUAACUUCCAUCUCUGUCGUACUGGAAUCUAAGCGUAAUUAUGAAGUCGUUCAAGCCUAUUUAGGGCUUUUUUUAAAGGUUCAUGCUAGUUCUUUGAGCGAAGAGCAUGAGUUGUGUAAACGGGCAGAAAACUUAUCGGGAGUGCUUAAGGACAGCUGGUCAACGCUUCAAUCAAACUUUGAGAAUACUCUUUGUUUGGUCUCAUUCUUUAUGAAUGCUGUCAUCUAAAAAUUGAAAACUUUGAAGAAAAAAUUACCGUGCAGCCAUUA